UAUAACUAUUUAUAAUAGGUCAUUUUAAAAAAUAUAGAUACUAAAAGAUAUUAUGAAAAAUUUUGACUAUUUAUAAUAAAAAGUUAACAAAAUGCUAAGAAUUAGUGAUAUAGAAUUAUAAAGAAGUUUUUGUUCUGAGUGACGUAGCCCUGGUGUUUGCCGUGUUUUUUUUGUUAAGGUUUACAUCUGGUAUUAUCAUUUAUACAAAAAAAACAUAUAUUUACAAACUUGUGCCAAAGAUCAUAUGCGCUGAUAAAAUAUUAAAUACCUGCUUAUGAUAGACUAUUUAAGGAUUAAGAAAAUAAUACAAUGACACGCGAAGGAAUAUUGCCGCCGGCACAAUCUGCAUUAUACAUUUCAGAACAUUCCACACAUGUAAAAAUACAUGAAGAGGGCCUUGAAAAACUUUCUGCAGAGAUGUUUACAUCAAUAAAAGAUAAACUGGAGAUCCCAGACACAGGGGCCAACAUUUCAUAUCUGAGUAAAGAUGAUCCGAAAGCAGUUGACUGGAUAUUUGUGGCUGAUGCUCUUAACUUUUGCUUCUGGUCAUACACUGGAGCUGUGAAGUGGACUGUGGAUGGGCAUAGUGGUUACUAUGCAUUGGAAGCAGCACUGAGUAGGGCUGUUAAGGAAGGUAUUGACAUUACAAAUCCGAAAUACUAUUCAAAAAUAACAGAAAACCAACUUCGUACUAUAAUGAGAAGUGACAAUGAAGCAGAAAUACCUUUAUUUGACAAAAGAUUAUCUACAUUGCAUGAAGUGGGCACAAUACUCUUGCAAAAAUAUAAUGGCACAUUUGUGUCGUGUUUGAAAGAAGCCAACAAAUCUGCAGUGAAGUUGCUUCAGAUAAUUGUAGAUAGUUUUCCAUGCUUCAGAGAUGAGGUGGUGUACAAGGGUACUAAGGUUUCGCUGUAUAAACGAGCACAAAUUUUAGUUGCCGAUAUAUGGAACUUCUUUCAUGGAACGGGCUGGGGUGAAUUCAAAGAUAUCGAUGCCAUUACCAUGUUUGCCGAUUAUAGGAUCCCACAAGUCUUGGUAUAUUUUGGAGUUUUGAGUUACAGUGAUACAUUGAUGGAUAAAGUGAAAAAUGAUGUUCUACUUGAAAGUGGUUCAGAAGAAGAGGUGGAAAUCAGGGGCUGUUCUAUUCAGGCUGUAGAGCUUCUUAAAAAAAGAAUCGAGGAUAAGAUUAAGAACAGCAAGAAAGACAUGGAAGUACCGAAUUCAAGUGUCAUUGAUUACUACUUAUGGUGCUAUAGGAGAAAAUAUGCGGAUGAAUUAGAAAGAAUACCUUUUCACAAAACUUUGGGUAUUUAUUAUUAAAAUAUAAUUUAAACACGAAGAUCCGCAUUUACUUAGAUUGUAAUUUUGAAUUGUAAGGAUAAUAUUGAUAUUGUAAGGAAUUGAAUUGUAAGGAUAGAAAAAGAUAAUUUAAAAUAAUGUUAUAUUAAAAAAAAAUAUUAGAUUAAAAAAAAAUAACCUUUUUAUUCCUAUCUGUACAGUAUAUGCGGUGUCUGAGAUACCCAUAUUUCUCUUAAAACAUAUUGAUCUAGUCCCGGUCAGAAGGUUAUGUUUUUCGAAUCUAAUAUUUCAUGUUAUACAUAUUUUUGUAAUUUACGAGGUGAAGGAAUAAAUGAUAUACAUCUUUGUUAUUUCAA